AUGGCCACAUCUGGGAGGAUCAGUUUUACAGUGAGGAGCAUUUUGGAUUUACCAGAGCAGGAUGCCAAUAGCAUAAAGCAAGCCUCUGACCAUCGCCACUCAGCGGAGAACUACACCGGCUCGCCGUAUCGAGGGUGGAUAGAAACAGACAGAAACCACUAUCCCUCUUCCGACGAGAGCGGCCCGGAGAUGAGCUUGCCCGACUCCACCCAAAGGUCUCUCCCCGCCCGCGGCUCGGAGGCCGAGGAGAAGAAGAAGAAGCGGCGGGUGCUCUUCUCCAAGGCGCAGACGCUGGAGUUGGAGCGGCGGUUCCGGCAGCAGCGGUACCUUUCGGCGCCGGAGCGGGAGCAGCUGGCCCGGCUGCUCAGCCUCACCCCCACACAGGUGAAGAUCUGGUUCCAGAACCACCGCUACAAGAUGAAGCGGGCGCGAAGCGAGGGCCCGGGCAGCCCCCAGCCGCGCCCGCCCGCCCUGCUGCGCCGGGUGGUGGUGCCGGUGCUGGUGCGGGACGGGGAGCCCUGCCGCGGCUGCCCCGCCAGCCCACCGGCUCCCACGGCGCGCCCCAAGCUGGGCUGCGCCCUGGCGGGAUGCAGCGCCCAGGCCGCCCUGGCCCUGCAGGGCUACCGAGCCUGCCCGCCCGCCGCCGCCCUCGGCGUGUUCCCCGCGUACCAGCACUUAGCGCACCCCGCCGUCGUCUCCUGGGGAUGGUGA